CGCUCUCGGAACCAUUGAAAUAUGUUCAUUUGUUCCGGGGGAAGCAUUUUAGCGACGUACUGGGAUUUCUUCAGACCGGGCGUUUAUGACAAUAAUGUAUUAACGUUAAUGUGUAGCAAAAGCUAAACGAAUUCACGUCGAUUAAAGUAUGACUGACACCACGGUAAACCCGCAGUACGAGGAGCUGUUUGCCCACAGAUUUUCAUCGGAGGACCAGGAGUACCAGCAGUAUGUGAACCGGCCACCUGACCCUCCGCCCAUCGUCGAGGACUGGAGGAGUCGUGGAGGAGGUAACCACAGAGGCAGGGAUAGCAGGUACCAUGAUCGCCGUGGACACGGAGGCCGAGGUUGGGGAGGAGGCCGAGGUUGGGGAGGAGGCCGAGGUUGGAGAGGGGACUAUCGUGGGCAGGACAGAGACAGAGACAGAGACCAAGACCGAGAGAGAGACAGAGACAGGCACUAUGGGCAUGGAAGUGGGUAUGAAUCACGCCCCCCAAGCUCCAACCAGGGAUAUAACUCCCAUCAUCAGAGACCACAUUAUGAGCGCUACUGAUCUCUACGCUAAUCUCUCAGGUUUUGUCAGUAUUAUAGUAUUUUUGCAGCGUUAUAACUUGCAUUGCAAUACUAUAUGUGGCAAUGUGCAACUGUUUUAUUUUUUGACUCUCAUUACCGCAGUCUCAUAGGCGAGGGCUGAGCAACAUAACAAUAUUAGUAAUUCAAUGUCCAUCAUUGUUAUUGUGUGGAACUUUGUUAAUAUUGUGAUACACAGUUUUGAAAUAAAAAUCCUAAGCAAAUACUCAGUCAGAUUUUUUGUGAAUGAUUUCUGUAAUGUGACGGUGGAAAUUGACCCACCAUUACCUUUUCCAUACCUAACACAGUUGUUUUCCCAUAUUGCUUUAUAUUGCUCAGCCCUGUAACCAUAUUACAUUUUCUCAUUACGUUUUUGGGAAUGGUAAUAAGGGCAUACUUGGAGUUUUCAAUACUGGAACAUUUAAAAUGAUGAUGAAUGAUUUCUCUUUCAUUUUUUCAGAUAUGUGGGCUGUUUUUAAUAAUGUCUGAUUAUUACUGGGGAAGUAUCACUGAGUUGUUUUGUGUUCAGACAGUUCUACCGCUACAUAUUUUACAUGCUUUGAUAUUGGAUUAUGAAUUAUACAGUAUAGUUGCAACAGUGAUUCUGAUUUUCCAUAGAAAAUCUAUUUGUAAUGCAGCUUUAUUUUUCUGUGUCACAACAUUAUGUAUCGAUAUUCACAAACGGAGCUGUUCAUAUCAAUAAACAUGUAUUUUCUUAAA